AUGGCUUCGCCCAUUUUCACUCUCCCGUGGCCGUCUAACAUGGAGACACGAGAGUUCAAAGAUGGGUUACCUCUUUUGAUAUGUCCCGAAUCCUCGACCGUCCUCGAUGCUGUUCUUCGGUUCUGCUGUCCUACGGCUGCGCCGGAGUUGACCCAACUCACAGAACUCAUGCCCGCAUAUGAUGCCCUCGACAAAUACUGCAUCGAGUCUCUGCUGAAGCCUGUCGAAGCAGCCUUGGUCUUAGCUGUUGACCAGAAUCCCAUGCUCACGUACACGUUCGGAUGUCGCCGCCAUCUGCAACCUGUCAUCACAGCCGCGGCAAAAGCCACACUCACUACACCUCUCCAGGACCUUCCUUUCAUCGAUGAAUUAGACACAAUCACUGGAUCCCAGCUCUUCAGGCUUCAAGACUACCAUCGCAGAUGUUCAGAGUCCGCUGUCGCCGGUGCCCAAUAUUGGGAUUGGUUUGCUGUGUCAGACGACCCUUUGGGCAGCGCGGAGGUCGGGUGCAAGUGUCGCGAAAUCUAUCAUACGUACGAUAACCCCCUGCUCGGAUCUGUCUUCGACCCUUCUAAGAAUUAUUGGUGGUUCUACGCUCAGAUUUGGUGGUGGGAUUAUUUGGAGGCUAUGGAGAACACGCUGGCAUUACGCCCGCGAGGACGGUCUUCGACAAAGCCGCGCUGGAUCCUUUCUUGA